GCAAUUUUGAUGUUUGUAGUUAUUGGAGGGUUAGCAAAGGAUGAAACAGCUUUCUGUGAAAUUCUGGGGAGCAGAGACGUUCCUCUGAUGUCUAAGAAAGGAGAUAUCAUUAUUGGAGGAGCUUUUUCCCUUCAUAGCCAAAUCUCAAAGCCUUUACUCUCCUGGAAUGGGCCACCGGAACCUCUCAUGUGUUCCAGAAUUAAUUUCAGGGAAUUUCGUUUUGCUCAAACAAUGAUAUUUGCCAUUGAGGAAAUUAACAAUAGAAGCUUUCUACCACCUAAUGUCUCAGUUGGUUAUAAGAUAUUCGACAGCUGUGCUUCCACGUUGUCUGCAACACGUGCAGGAAUAGGUUUAAUGAAUGGAGAGAAACGGACUUUUGGAAAAAACUGCUCAGGCUCCGUUCAUGCCAUCAUUGGAACUUCUGAGUCCUCUACAACCAACGCAAUGUUACAAAUUACAGGGAUUUUUCACAUACCAGUGAUCAGUCAUUUUGCAACAUGUGCUUGUCUUAGUAAUAGAAAGGAGUAUCCCUCCUUUUUCAGAACCAUUCCCAGUGACUACUACCAGAGCAGAGCACUGGCCAAACUGGUAAAGCACUUUGGAUGGACAUGGGUUGGGGCAGUAAGAAGUGAUAAUGAUUACGGUAAUAAUGGGAUGACAACUUUUAUAGAAGCUGCAAGUCAGGAGGGGAUUUGUGUGGAAUACUCUGAAGCCAUCUCAAGGACCGGUUCCAGAGAACAUGUUGAGAAGGUUGUCAGCGUGAUCCGAAGAGGUACAGCAAGUGUUUUAGUUGCAUUUCUGGCUUAUGAUGAGAUGGAUCUUUUACUGGAGGAGGCUUUGUGUCAAAACCUGACUGAGUUGCAGUGGGUUGGUAGUGAAUCCUGGAUUUCAUCAACUCAUUUAGCUAAAAAAGGGUACUCUGGCAUACUAAGAGGGUCGCUGGGCUUUGCAAUAGGAAAGGCAAAAAUCACAGGCCUGCAAGACUUUCUUUUACAGGUGAACCCAAAUCAGGAUCCUCAGAACAACCUCCUGAGAGAGUUCUGGGAAACAACCUUUGGAUGCAGUUUCCAGUCCAUGCUUGACACAAAACCGUGCUCUGGCUCUGAAAGACUUCAAGACACAGACAAUGCUUUCACAGAUGUGUCGGAGCUGAGGAUAUCCAACAAUGUGUAUAAGGCAGUUUAUGCUGUGGCUCAUGCUUUGCAUAGCAUGUUGAAAUGUAAGCUAAGUGGUGAAAAAUUAAAUGACCCUUGCAACUUUAAAGACCAUUCAGAUCCAAGACAGGUUGUAAAACAUCUCAAGGACAUUAACUUUACUGUUCAGUCAGGAGAGAGAGUUUAUUUUGAUAAAAAUGGAGAUCCCGCAGCAAUUUAUGAGCUUGUGAACUGGCAGACAAACCCUGAUGGAGAUAUAGUGUUCACAACAGUUGGGAAGUAUGAUGCUUCACAGCCAAAUACAAACCAAUUGAUCAUGAAUGGAAUCAACAUCACAUGGGCUGCAAAAUUCAUGGAGAGGCCACAGUCUGUUUGCAGUGAGAAUUGCCUGCCGGGUUUCCGGAAAGCAGUCAUUAAAGGAAAACCCAUCUGCUGCUUCUCCUGUGUCCCCUGUGCUGCUGGGGAGAUUAGCAACACCAGCAAUUCGGCCGAGUGUUCACAGUGUCCACAGGAGUACUGGUCAAAUAAAAAUCACAGCAACUGUGUUCCAAAGGUGAUUGAGUUCCUGUCAUAUGGAGAGACUAUGGGGGCCCUCCUUACUGCCUUCUCAUUGUCUGGAGCAAGUUUAACCCUUGUGGUCUUGUGUGUGUUUCUCCGCUUUCGUCACACACCACUUGUCAAAGCCAGUAAUUCUGAGCUGAGUUUCCUGCUACUCUUCUCCUUGACUUUGUGUUUCCUUUGCUCUCUGGCUUUCAUCGGCCAACCCACUGAGUGGUCCUGCAUGCUUCGUCAUACAGCUUUUGGAAUAGCAUUUGCUCUGUGCAUCUCAUGUAUUCUUGCAAAAACUAUAACUGUAGUGAUGGCCUUUAAAGCUAAAAGACCAGCAAACACAGUCAUUCAGUGUUCAGCUCCACUUCAGAGAACAAGUGUUCUUGGCUGUACUUUAAUUCAAGUGUUGAUUUGUGUGAUAUGGUUAGCUUUUGCCCCACCAUAUCCUCACAAGAGUACAAUUUACGCUAGUGAAAGGAUUAUUCUAGAAUGUAAUUUAGGAUCACCUAUAGCGUUUUGGAUUGUGUUGGGGUACAUCGGACUUCUGGCUCUGCAAUGCUUUGGCCUUGCUUUUCUCACUCGUAGGCUACCAGAUAAUUUUAAUGAAGCUAAAUUCAUUACCUUUAGCAUGCUGAUAUUUAGUGCUGUAUGGCUCACAUUUAUCCCAGCAUAUGUCAGCUCUCCUGGUAAGUUUACUGUAGCUGUAGAGAUAUUUGCAAUUCUAGCUUCAAGCUUUGGGUUGCUUUUUUGUAUUUUUGCACCAAAAUGUUAUAUUUUACUAAUGAAACCUGAGAGGAAUACUAAAAACCACAUAAUGGGAAGAACACAGUCCAAUAAGCAUUAG